AUGGAUAAGGCAUCCGCCUACGAAGCGGGAGAUUGCGGGUUCGAGUCCCGUCGGAGACUACUUUUUACAGAAGCAUCAGUGGCACUUGCGGGGAUUGACGAUACGACUUCUGCAUACGCGCACAAGACGCCGAAGUUCCAAAAGAUUUCAGCACUUGUCGUGCUUACUGCCUCGCUUAGUUGA